AUGGCUUCCUCAGAAAACUACGGGAAGCGGCUCAUUCCGCAGAUUUUGGAUAAUGUAGCUGCUACUGAUCCGGAUCGCAUUGUAUACUCUAUAGCAAAGUCUGCAGACAUCUCUCAAGGUCUGCAGCACAUCACUGCGAAGCAGUUUGCCGAAGCUGUGGACAAGACAGCUUGGUGGCUGCAGUCCAAAGUUGGCAAAAGCACAACACUCGAGGCCCUGGGCUAUAUCGGACCUCAUGAUAUUCGACAUGUUCUGUUGAUCACAGAAGGUGCUCUGGCUGUUCUCAAAGCCACAGACUGCAACAUAUGGGUCCAGCCCACAGAGCAGCCAUUUGGCCCUCUUGUCAAAGAGUUUCUCAGCCAACGUGCCAUGAGAAUCCUGCAUCUUCCAGGAAUCGAUGAACUCCUGGAUGCAGCAGGCACAGAACACUAUGCCUAUACCAAAACUUUCGAAGAAGCUGCCUACGAUCCAUUCUGUGUCCUUCACACGUCUGGCUCAACAGGCUUGCCCAAGCCCAUUGCCUGGACUCAUGCCCUUAUUGGCACUAUGGACGCCGUGCGGUUGUUGCCGCCUGUUGAGGGCGAUCAUGGAAUGGCUCCCUGGACGAAUGACUGGAAGAAGGGAGAUAGAAUCUACUCGUCUUUCCCCAUGAGCCAUGGAGCAGGUAUUAUUAUGGAUAUCUUGAUGCCAUCGCUUUUUGAUUUGCAGGUCGUUCUGGGACCUCCUGGAGUUAUCCCCAACAUGAAUCUUUUGGAAUCUCUAGCAGACCAUGCGAAAAUUAACAUCUGGAGUCUUGUCCCGUCUCUUACAGAUGAGCUUGGUGAGACUCCAGACGUCUUGGCCAAGUUUGGCUCUUCGAAAUUCAUCUGCGCAUCCGGAGGACCUGUCAGUCCGACCAGCGCCGCCAAGGUCAACAAGGUGAUUCGCGUGCUCAACUUGACGGGCACAACAGAAGGCCUCUUCAUCGGCAACCUUGUCACGGACAGGGAAGACUGGUAUCAUUUCUCCUUCCACCCAUACUCUGGCUUCGUGUUCAAGGAGAUUGAGCCCGGUGUUUACGAGCACUGGGUGCGCCGCAACGAGCACUGGGAUCUGUUCCAGGGCAUAUUCCACACUUUCCCUGAUCAGGAUGAAAUCAAUCUGAAGGAUUUGUAUGUCAAGCACCCUACGAAGCCCGACCAUUGGGCCUACAAGGGAAGGAGUGAUGACAUUGUCGUUUUGAGCAAUGGGUACAAGAUCUCUCCGCUGGACACGGAAGCUUUUGUCACCACCCAUACCGCAAUUGAAGGUGCACUCAUCGUCGGAACAGGAAAGAACCAGGCUGCUUUGCUCAUUGAGUUGAAGGACCGCUUGGCAGCAGGCGACGAGCUGUAUGAUAGCAUCUGGGAGACUGUCAAGAAGGCAAAUGCCAUGUCUCUGCACAAGGACCAGCUUCACAGAGAAUACAUCAUGUUUGCCGAAGCAGACAAGCCCUUUAUCCGCACCGAUAAGGGGACAAUCAAGCGACGAGCAACACUGGAACUGUACGCUGAGUACAUUGAUCGCUUCUACGAGUCGCGGUCAGAAGAGGUGGAUGUUGAGGCUUCCAAUAUGGAAGUCGACACCACAUCGAUUGAGUCCAUCACAGCCGCGGUGCGAGAAAUCUUCGUCACGCUGUCAUCAGCAUUCAAGGACAUCUCAGACGAUGCAGACUUCUUCCAUCUGGGACUGGACUCUCUUGUUGCUUACCGCGCUGUGCGCUCCGUCCAGGCUGCCAUGGGCUUGAAGGAUCGACUUGCUCCUCGGCAUCUGUACGCUUAUCCCACCAUUGCCCAGUUCUCUGCCUGUCUUAAAGACCUUGCCAGUCAGACACUGGCAAAUGGCACAAACUCCAAGUCGGCUGAGAAGUUGAACAAGAUGAAGGAGCUUUUAAGCAAGUACAAGUCGCCGCAAACGCUCAAGAUGAACGCCCUUGAUCAUGGAAUGCCCAGUCUAUACACAAAGAUUGGCAUGUACAUUGCCCUCCGUCCUGGAGCGAGCUUUGAUCAAGCCUUUUCAAGACUGCAGCAGGGUUUCGCUCUUUUGAUCACUCUUAUGCCGUCACUCGACGCCAAGUUGGUGAAGGCUUCGGAGAAAGAACCUGGCUACAUCAAGGGACAGCUCAGGUUGGAGCUUCCAGAGCAAUCAUUCACUAAUGGCCACUCCAAUGGUCAUACCAAUGGUCAUACCAAUGGUCAUACAAAUGGCCAUACAAACGGUCACACAAAUGGUCACACAAAUAGCCAUACCAAUGGCCAUUCCUCAUCUCCAAGACAGCUCAAGUUCAAAGAUUUGUCAAAAGUGCUUCCCUCUUUCCAAGAUCUACGAAAGGACGGAUUCCUUCCCUCCGCAUACAAGGGCCACGAAAUCUUGGAUGUUCCAUGGUUCCCCACGUUCCCCGCGGAUAUUGUGGCUGCCCAGGCUAAUUUCGUUGAGGGUGGCUGUCUUUUGACCCUGGGUACUCUGCAUCCAGCAAUUGACGGAGUAGGCAUGGUGACUCUUCUCCUGGCCUGGGCAGAAUGCUGCCGUUAUGUCGAGGGAGACAAGUCGGCAAACUGCAACUGGCUGGAUGCCGACAGCAUGAACUACAGUCUUCCACGUGCCCUGUGGGAACAGGACCGCCGUGGCCAGCCUGCUCGAGAGAUUAAUCCCGUCGUAUGGGACCAUCUCGGCUUCGCUCCAGCUGGAGAGAUGGCCGAGGGAGUGGAUAAUCUGUAUGUCCAGAGUUUCAAGCCUGUGCCUGCUUAUUUUCCUGGCCCUGGAAAGCAGCCGCGCGAUUUGACCACCAGCAUCUUCUCCAUUUCGCCCGAGCGCCUGGAACAGCUCAGACAAGAGGUUACCGCAGACCCAGAGAUGAAGGGCAUCAACCUCACCGACAGUGACAUCCUGCAUGCUCUGUACUGGCGAGCCAUGAUCAGGGCGCGACACCGCGUGGCAAAGGAGGUCAAUGGCCAAACCAUUGGCCCCGAAGACAGAUCUGUCUUGGAGCUGACCGUAGAUGGUCGGCCCUAUUUCAAUGCCCAGCUCCCAUCAUCGUACAUGGGUAACAUGCUCCUAGUCACCCGAUCCUCCCUGCCGGUGGAGGAACUCUGCUCGCCCAAGACGAGCAUCGGCCGCAUCUCUUUGCUCAUCCGCGAAGCAGCCUCGCAAGUGACGCCGCAAGUCGCCAACGACGCCUUUGGCGUGCUGCAGACAGUUGAAGAUUACAGCGAGCUGCGGUAUGCCUUCAUGCGCCUUGACGGGCUCGACGCCAUGAUUACCAACAUGAUGCUGUUCCCAGCCAAUGACGUGGCAUUUGGCGGCGAGUUCUUUGAGGACGGCGGAAAGGCGGAUGCUGUGCGGAUUGUUCACGAGGGCUUCAACUCGGGAUUCCGAAUGUGCGUCAUUCUUCCUUACCGAAAGGAUGGUGGCAUUGAGUUUUUGUUUGGCACGUUCCCCGAGGAGCUGGAGAGACUGAAGGAGGAUGAGGAGUUUAUGAAGUAUGCCCAGUAUAUGGGAUAA